CGCAUUCAUCCCCGGCGACCCUCCCCAUCCAUUCCUGGGUUCCGAUCAUCCUAUUUCUUCUGCGAGAUCAUCAAUUGAUCACUUCCUACUUCAGCAAUGGGUCUCCCGAUGUAUCGCUCCCCUUCGCCAGAGGGCUCUCCUGAACCCAAGCGGACUCGUCUGGAUGAACGGGUUAACGAGGAGAUCAAUGGCACUUCCGGCGUGCGUCGAAGCCCUUACGGUUCGUACUCCGACGCUCUCCGCCACGGACAAACCAUGAUCAGAUCACGCUCCAGCUCAAGGGAUGCUCGUCGCCGUACUCCUUCGACCUCCGCCAUCCACGACCGCGAAGGCCGCGUCGUCUACACCCGCGAACAAUCUCGCAUGUACGAACGCUGGAUGAGCGACGAGCACCGCCGUCUUGUAUCCAGAGACAGUCCUGAUGCCGAAGUCCUCGAAGGUGCAUUGAGCAUCGUGAACGACAACAACCGUCUCCGCGGAUGGGAUCAUAGACUUACGGAGGAGGACGCAGCGAGGGUCGCUAAUAUGCGGCCCUCUGAAAGGUUCGACACAAUGAUCCGUGCGGCGAGGAUUGUGUCGGAGAGGAGGGCGCUGAGGGGGUUGACGAGUUCGGGCCUCUUGCCGAUUAGUCCUGCCGAUCGUGCGGAACAGCACGAUGCGAUUGCGGAUAUGCUCUCCGAGAUGGAGCCAUCUCCUCGUGAAACUGCCGACAUUGAGGAGCUCAGAGCUGGUAUCCGUCGGCAGCGUGAGAGUUUGCAGAAUAUCGAGACGCGUCUGCGUGAGGAGAGGGCCGCGCGCAGAGUUCUUCUCGCUCCCGCUCGACGUCCGACUCCGCCGUUCGUUACCGCUGCCAGUUACGACUCGGGAGCGCAGGCUGAGCACAGAACCACUUUCUCUUUCAGCUUCUCCCAAAGCGAACGUGGUGUCAAUGCGGAAUUUGAAGCAGAUGACGGCACCAGUCCUACUCCAAACAUCCCCGACCCGGGGCCUGAGCAUGAACCCAUCCCAGCUGCAGCUAACGUCUACAACCCCCCUCGUAUCUUGCUCUCUCCAGUCCCCUUCUUCCGCCUCUUCUCCUCCAUCCACCACCUCCGUCGUCAACACCGCGACCCCACCAUCGGUACGCGUGCAUUUACCCUCUUCUGGCGUUUAAUCCAGGACGUCAAUGUUAUGAGUGGGAGAACACCGAUUCAGAGAGCGUUGGCGGAAGAACUCUGUGAUAGCUUGAAUGAGAUUGAGGGGUUGGAGGGGGAAGUGCGUGCAGAGGUGCUGGCGCUUAUUGCGGAUCGGGUUGAGGUGGGGUGUCUGGACGGUCCGGAGACGGAAAGGUUGGAGUCUGAGGAGGUUCUUCCUGGAAUUGCUCUAGUUGGCCUUUAGGAGAAGGUACAGGGUGUCUGAAGACGAUGUAGGACGGAAUAGUGUCAGGUUAUGAUGGCUACUGAUUCAUUGAGGGAUGUGUUUCGGGGUGUUUCUUAAGUUUUAUCGAUAUCCAAUAUACCACUUAUCCCAUUGUGACCGCC